CUCCAGGGGCGGCCAUUUUCUCCUCCUUCCUUGGCCGCCCAGGAGGAGCCCAGCAGCAGCAGCCACUCAGACGCCGGCGCCAUGUCUUCCAACUCCGGCCUCAGCACCCUCCAGCGCCUGGUGGAGCAGCUCAAGCUGGAGGCCGCCGUGGAGAGGAUCCGGGUCUCUCAAGCAGCUGCAGAACUUCAGCAAUACUGUAUGCAGAAUGCUUGCAAAGAUGCCUUGCUUGUGGGAAUGCCUGCUGGAAGCAACCCCUUUCGGGAGCCCAGGUCCUGCGCAUUGCUCUGAAGGCAGGGAAGGUUAUCAGAAAGUUCUCUUCAAGUAUGAACGGAGACCCAGCAGCCUUCCUUUGUUCAGCAGACCCUUUCUCUAUGCCCUUCACUUUGUGUGGCCAAAACUGUAUCCUUAAGAUGUUUGUUAGUCUCCUUGAUUAUCGUAGUAACUGAUUAGAUCUUUUGAUAAUUCUUGUAUAAAAAAUUUUAUAAGGAAAAGACUUUCCAUUCAUAACUGAGUCAGCUAUCUUUCUACAGUUACUACUCUGAGAUGUUUACGUUCUAGAAAGAAAAUUACCAGAUGUCUUGUUAGUUAUUUGUUGUGCCUGAUUGAGACUCUCACAAGGUACCUUCUCACAGUGUUAUGUUUUCUGAACAGAGAUGUUCUGAAGCUAAAUUUUAAGGGGGGGCUGUCUUUUGAGUAAAUAAGCAUGAGACUGGGGUGUAUGCUCCAUUAAUUUUGAUGGAAGAGCACACAUUUAGCUCUCAAAGGUGGAGGCUUCCAUUUAAAAGGUUAACUUUAACUGGUGUACCUAAUGUUAGCUGGAUAGAGUCCAUAAUGCCACAUGUAGAGAGCUUUGUGUUGCGCACACUGGAUGUGCAAAACCCUCCUCCUUCCUCUCCCUGCAGACCUUUCAGCUCUACAGUAGGUUAAGGAAGGAAAUGUUUGCAAUGGGAGAGGUGCACAGGACUGACUUUUCCUCCAUACCCUUGUCCCUGUGUAAAUUGUACUCUUCCCAAGCCCACCAAACAGCUGGGAGGCCAGCACAAUGAGGAGCACAGCCCAUGGGCCCCAUCCACCUACAGACACCCAGCUGAUUGUCAUUGGGAACAGCAGAAAAGUGCAUUGAUGACCAUGUUUCUGAGCUGUUCCCAAUAGGGUAGACAACGGGGUCUCAGUUAGGGGAGGACAUUCCCAAAUGCUUAAAUGGAGGGAGUGAAUGAAUGUGGGGAAAUGGUGUAUGCUUGUGUGAUCGAGAAAAUAGGGAGAGUGCUGCUUCUGUGUCUGAAAGAGUGCAAGAAGUGUGUAGGUGGCUAUGUGUAUUUGUGAAUGAAAUCGGAAGGGGAUGCUGUUUGUGGCUAUGCCCUGUACCAGCCUAAGAUCAACCCCCCAUUGUCUCCAGCUGUGGCCACCAUUCACUGCCCAUCCCUGGGGAUGAAAAACAAAUGCAAGACAAAUUUUCUUUAUAAAACAUUCUUGCUGUACCUGAAAUCCAUGGGUGACUAUCUGCAGACGUAGCUGGAUUGAUAUCCACCAUAAAAGGUUUAGCCUUUAUUUUGUAUUGUGUUUUUAUGAAAACCUCUUUCGUUAAAAGUUUCUAACUGCUAACUCACCAAACAAUCACAAAUGAAAACACUACAGUGCCCAACAAAAAUGCAAACAGCUCCAUGGGCCAAACGCUUUCAAGGUUUGCAGCAUUAUUGGGGCCUCUAAAAAUAUUUUCCAGGUGGGGUGCCUUUGAUUUUUUUUGUUUAUUCAGCACUUUUACACAUACUGUUUACUUUUUAAGAGAAUGUUCUGUUUACACACCAUUGUUUGUAUUAAUAUAUUAGAAGCUUUUCACAAAUAAAAUUUCUUUCCCUAA